CAUCUUAUUUUAAAACCCGAGUCUUCCCAUUCCCGCCCGAGCGGGGAUUUGAACGUUGGCAAAGCACAAAGUAGCCAUUGUCCUCAUCUCGUGGAGCCCUCUGUGCCCUUUUUUUUAUUCACCCACAUAACGAUAACUAAUCCAUGCAACGUAAUUGAAUGCUUUUUUGUAUUGUUUUGACACGACGGGGUUUCGAAUCGCAGGGAAGUAGCUCUGUAAUGUAGUUGGAAAUAAAUGGAUAUCACAGGCAAAGUGGAUGACCUCAUCGAUGUGUCUGCAGAGGACGACAGCCUCUUAACAUCCCCUGCAACAAAUUACAAUGAAAAUUUUGAAUUCAGCCAGUCGCCGGCGACAUCAGUUCGACCCCCCGUACUCAGCGAUUCACCGAAGUCAAAAAAGGAAUGUGGGGAAAGCAAGGAGCAAUUGGUGACGAGCAAGGAUGUUGUUAAUUGUGAAGUAGACAAACAGAACAUAAUGACAAAUCCAGCCAUAGAGGGUGGAUAUCCACCUCUCUGUGAGGAAGAUUUACAACCAAAAAGAAAAAAAAGGGCUGCCCAAUUGAACUUGAGGAAAAGUCUAGCCUGGGAUCAAGCCUUCUUUACUAGUGAAGGAGUUCUUAAUCCUGUAGAAUUAUCACUUCUAAACAAGACUUUCAGUAAGUCAAAUGAGACUUUAUUGUCUAGUAUUGAAGAAGAGGACUCUGUAAGAUCUUCGAUGGAUUCAAAUUCUACCCUUAGUGGAGAUAUUCUGGCUUUAGAGACACUUGAAGAAAACCUAUUCACAGAGUCACAUACAUCAAAUGCGGCAUUGUUGGGCACAGUACCCGCUCAAUCAAAGCUGCAUUCGCUUCCCAAUACAAGGAUUUUGGCUACUCAACAAAAGGAUAUUGCCACAAAUGUACCUAAGAGUCCUGAGAGAAAAUCUUCUCAUGGAGUUCAAGACUCCUAAACAUUUAAGAAAUCUAGCAGUAAGGGUACCGAGGAGCUCCGAAAACCAAGUCAACUAGAUGAUGCAUCUGGAAAGAAUUGUUCUUCUACUCCAACAAUAGCCACAAAGAAAGUUCCUGCAGGUCAUAAACGCACGAAAUAUUCACAUGGAAAUGCUGUGCCAGG